AUGCUUUUCUUUAUAUUAAUUUCAUUGGUAUAAUCUAUUGAUGUGAGACCAAAUGUCAAUCUGACCAUCGGCUUAGAUUUUAUGGACAACUCUCACCUGCCAUUCUUUCAGCAAUUUCAAUCGUAUUUCUUAGAUUUCAAAUAAAAAGGAUUAAAUCUAAUAAUAGCAUAACACCUAUUGCCAUGUUACAGUUGCAAUACUAGACAUCAGUACAAAUAGCCUGAACAAAAUUGCUUUGGAGGAGGUUAGUAUUGUUGUAUGAAAUAUAAAUAUUGCAAGAGUUUUCUGAAUCAGUCUCAGGUCAAACUAUAUUGA